UCUAAUUCUUUCAAGGCACUCUUUGCAUGAGGUGUACAAUAAAACACACACACAUAUUUAAUCACCCUCAUGUCAUUCCAAAUCUGCAUAACUUUCUGGAAUACAUAAGAAGAUAUUUAGCAGAAUGUCUAAACUGCUCUUUUUCACACCAUGAAAGUUUAAUUUUAGUGAACUAUCCCUACAUUUACAUACUGUAAUACUUAAUAAUAAGAUAAGCCUCAAUAAGUCUCAUAUUUCUCACAUCCUACGUCAAUGACAUUAUUAAUUUCCACAAACACCUCUUCCUGUCCCCAGGGCAACACCUGUGUGAAAGAGCCAGACACAAACAGAGAGAACAAAAAAAUUGUAGAGAACAAAACAUGACUUUUGUUGUGUGUUGAUGUUUUUUUAUGACAACCAAGAGUGACAGAGCUAGAUGUAACCCAGAGAAACAAAAAUGCCUUUGUUUCUGGUCAGAGCUCUGGCAAAAGUGGUACGAAAACGGUUAGUGAGGGAGAGUGUGGAUACUGAAAGGUAAGCUCUCUCUGUCUGUCUCUCUCUCUCUCUCAUACACACACACACACACACACAGACACACUCUUUGUCAGUGUCUUUGUCUCUCUCUCUCUUCACACACACACACACACACAUACACACAUUUGAGAACAGAGAGGUAACAGGCAGAUCGUUAACAUGGUUGGUGGAGGAGGGAGGGGGGAGGGAGAAAGCUUGGCGACUGGCCCGCCCACUCAUGCCCCCUAGCCUUAUAAAGAACCUCAAGAAUGGGAAAGACCCUCUAAGAGAGCCGAGCCAAACACCCUAAACAGCACUCAGAGUUGGGACGAGUCAGAAAGAGGGUGAGAGAGAAAGAGAGAGAGGAUUAUAGGACGCUGCAUUCAUGGAUGAACAAAGAGAAGUAAAAGUCAAGAACCCAUGGCACAAGCCAUUGGUCAUCUUUCUGGCUGCUGUUAUCACCGUGGGGAUCAUCACCAUGGUGGCCAUUUCUAUCGUCCAAAACAAGCCUUUACACCAGAAAUACAAAUAUGGAAUAGUUCUGGAUGCAGGUUCCUCCCACACCUCUGUGUUUAUCUAUGAAUGGCCAGCCGAGAAGGAGAACAACACUGGCAUGGUACGACAGAAACACACCUGUAACGUGAAAGGCAAAGGUAUUUCCAGUUACUCUGCUAAUCCACAGGGGGCUGGCGCAUCUCUGCAGGAGUGCAUGGAGGAAGCCAAGCAGAAAAUACCCACACACAGACACCCCGAAACCCCUGUGUACCUGGGAGCCACAGCAGGCAUGAGACUGCUCAGGAUGGAGAACGAGGAAGCCUCAGAUAAGGUACUGGACUCUGUAGCACAUUCACUAAAGCGCUACCCCUUCUCCUAUCAGGGAGCUCGUAUCAUUUCAGGCCAAGAGGAGGGAGCUUUUGGAUGGAUUACAGUCAAUUACCUGAGCGAAAACUUGAGAAAGCCCACAGGGACGCUUGGAGCUCUGGACCUGGGUGGAGCGUCUACUCAGAUAACCUUCGUACCUCAACAGAAUAUUGAAUCAUACGACAAUUCUAUCGACUUCAGGCUGUAUGGAAACGAUUAUCACCUGUACACCCACAGCUUUCUCUGUUACGGAAAGGACCAAGCUCUCAAGCUUUCUAUGGGCAAGAAAUUAAAGUCAGCACUUAAAGCUGACGAGACAGACCCCAUUGAGUUAAGAGAUCCUUGCUUUCACCCUGGAUAUAACUCGACCAGGACAGUUCCAAGUGUCGUCGAUACACCCUGUAUGAAAGAAGUGAAACUGGCAAAUGGCAACUUCUUCCAUGUGGGGCUUGGGAAUUGGUCUCAGUGCCAACAAUCAAUCAGAAAGGUUUUUAAUAGCAGCUAUUGUCCUUACUCAAGUUGCUCUUUCAAUGGUGUUUUCCAGCCUUCAGUCUAUGGAAAGUUUGGGGCCUUUUCUGCUUUCUUCUUUGUGAUGGACUUUUUGAAUCUGACAAGUGAUACUUUAGCCACUACAAAGCAGAGGCUAGCAACGUAUUGUUCUAAACCAUGGAAAAAGAUUGUGGAAAAUUAUCCCAAAAUAAAAGAGAAGUACCUUUCAGAAUACUGCUUCUCAGCAACCUACAUUCUCACUCUUCUGGAAGACGGAUACAACUUCACCUCCGACAACUGGAAAGACAUCAAGUUCAUUAAGAAGAUAAGAGACAGUGAUGCAGGCUGGACAUUAGGUUACAUGCUUAACCUGACCAACAUGAUCCCCGCUGAAGCUCCAGACACGCCGCUGAUGCCUUAUGGGGGAUAUGUCACAUUUAUGAUGCUCUUCUCACUUCUAAUACUUGUUCUUCUUCUUCUGGUCUAUUUGUAUUUCCGUCAGUCCACUAGAACAACUCAGAAAGACAUCAUUUAGACAGGUCUCUCUAUAUUGAAUGUUUAUUUCUGCAGAACAAAAUUUUGAUAAUCCAAAAUCAUGGUUUGACUUGAUCUGAAAGGUUUUACAUUUCAAAUAAUUUGGAAAUCAUACCUCAUGUGAAGGAUAAACAGGUUUUUGGAGAGAGAUGGGUUAUAGGUUCCACUGCAGCUGAAGGGACAUCACCCUCUAUUCCCAUUCCUCUGUGUUUUUGUGGCCAUUUAAAAGUCUUCUUUAAGAAUCAUGAGUACAGGUUUUAGCUUUUGGGGGGCUGGGUGAAAAGGGUUGUUGAGCUUCCUUAAAAGGAAAUGUGCACUGACAUUCAAUAUAUCAUGUGCCUUCAGGCUUUAAUGAAGUUUCCCAUUUUAUGUAUAGAAAAGCACAUAUUUUGAUGCCAGUAUCUUUUAUUUUUUUACUUAUAAAGAAAUGUCUGAGGGUCAAAACUCUCUAAUUGUAUACCUUUUUUUUGCAUUAAGGUCCUAUGAAAAUCACUGGAUAUCAUUGUUUAAACAUUGCUUUCAGCAUAGCAUAUUUUUUUUAAAUUGCAAAA